CCUACGCAGUGUGCAACAUGGCCAACUCAAAGCAGACUGAAUACUAGCCAUAACUCGUGAAAAUGUCCGGUGAACUCCCCGCUGUAGGCGGCCCCGCCGCGGACUUCGUCCCCUGCGCGGUCCCGUCGUUCUCCGCGGCCGCAGAGCUGCUGUCGCUGCCCUACUCCUGCCUGGUGCGGAGCGGCCGCCGCAGACACGUGGUGCUGCCGCCCGUAUACCUGCACAAGAAGAGGACCGGCAUCCGCCAGGAGCUGGACGCUGAGCUGCUCAAGUUCUCCCACAGUCUAGGUGGAGUACCAUUAGCUUAUGACGACAUCAGGAUAGUGGGCCAACGAGGAGACAUUCAUGAUGACAGCGGCUACAUCCACAUGGACAUUGAAGCCAGCUUUAUUGUGUUUCAGCCCCAAAAAGGACAGACGCUCCUGGCUAAAGUGAAUAAACUGGGAGUAGGCCACGUGGGUUGCCUCGUGCAUGGCUGCUUUAACGCCAGCAUACCCAGGCCGAAUCUGGUCUCCGUCGAGACGUGGAGGGAUGCCGGGCCACAGAUCGGGACGGAGCUUGAGUUUGAGGUGACUGCGCUUGACGCAGAUGUUGCAGGGGUGCUGCUGAUCCGAGGGCAACUGAACAGAACCAGGGUGCAGGAGCUGCUGGCGAUGGGGGAGAGCUCAGAGUCGAUCGUCCCUGCAGAACUGUCAGAGCCGACCCGGGAGUCUCCUGAUGACACCCCCAAAAAGAAAAAGAAAAAGAAGAAAGACAAAACCAAAGAACAGGAGGGUGAAAAUGAAAUGACAAGGACAACUCCCACCCAGCUGGACAUCAGCGCAGCACCAGAGCUAAACGGGACAGUGGAUGAGGGAAACGCUGGUGAAUCUGGUGAGAAGAAGAAGAAAAAGAAGAAGAAGGAAAAGCAUCUGAACGAAGAGGAGCAGCAGCAGGAGGAGGAGAUGGAAGUAUCUCGCUCAGAGGUUCAUGGCAGCGACUCCAGCGGUUACCUUAGUGACAAGCCAAGCAAGAAGAGGAAGCGUGAAAGCAGGAAUGGUUCUGUAUCAGAGGCCACGCCGAAAAAAUCCAAAAAGAAGAGAAAAGGUGAUGUUGAGCAGUCGGUCUGAAAAAAGUGUUGGACUGAACUGUUAGUUACGGUUCUGGAGAUCAGAUGUGCAGGACAGCAGAGAUGAUGAUAGAUUGUGAUUCCAGCUGGCUGCCUGACGGUGGAGCAAAACCGCUUCAAACGACAGUACCAGAGGACACGGGUACACAAAUCCAAAAGAUGUAAAGUCUGAUCUAACCAGCAGUGUUAUUUUAUUUUAUUCAGUUUUGUUUGGUUUGUUCGGUUAAAGAAUGAAAAGCUGAUAUUCUGUUAUUCUUCUGCCCUUGUUUGGUUUAUUUUCCUCACGGCUCCAUGCAAUUCCUCAAUGGUCUGGUUUAAUAACCACUAAAAUAAAAAGUCUAAGAUUCCAACUUUCACAUAAUGAGAGUGUUUAGUGACGUCACUGUUAUCCUCUGGUAUGUGCUUUAUCUACUUGGAGGAGAAAAUAAACGAAACAUAAAUAUUCUGUCCUCAUUCGCUCCAUCAAGGCCCUGUUGUCUGGCGUGUGUUGGUUGGUGAAGUUUGUUGUUGGCAGCGGCGUUAAAAAUGUCAGAAACAGGUUUGCCUGAAAAAUGUGCCGGUUUGGGGACGGCCGCACUUCAAAGUCAUACAAUUUUGAAGUUGAUCCAGAAACUGGAUCCAGGAUUUUCAGCCUUGGUGAAGGAAUGCAGCCUCCGCCUGCGCUGGUUUUGAUAUGUUGUCACAGUUUCUACUUUUUCAGUUCUGUUUUCUUUUCUUUCCCUUUUUAUUUUUUUAAAAUCAUUAACCCCCUGAUGCCUGACAUAAAAUUUUGAUACUUACCUUUCUGAGGCCUUUGCACCACCCCUGGACCAAAACAAUAAUUAAAAAAAAAAAGAAAUUAUACAAUAUAAAAAAUUCUGCCAAAUAGGUAGAAUAAAUAUGAAAAAAUUUAAUACAAUUAUCUAAUAUCAGAGGUACAAAAAUGUUAUUUAGAAACUAUGAAUGACAUAAUUCUGAGGGUUUUUUGUAUUUCAAAUUAUAAUAUAACACUUUAAAUUUGAAUAAUUAACUAUAUUUAUUUCUUGGGUGUUAAUGGGGUUAAUGAAGGCAAGUCAUAGUUGGAAAUCUAUGUUGCUUUGAUUCAAAUGAUUGAUGAUGAAUAAUACUAAAGUUUGGAGUUCUUGAAGGAAAUGUCUCUUUUUUUCAGCUUGUCAGCUUGUGGGUGAGACGUGAGGAAAUACUGAAAGCCAGCACUAAAAAGCUUUGUGAAUGUGUUUUUUUUCUUAAACCCUGCCUACACAUACACACAUCCCCCUGCCCUUCAGUGGGGAAUCUGAUUAGCUUUGAAAGUGAAGAGUUGGGCAGCUUAUCAGAAGCUGACUAAAAGAGGACAGAUAAGGAGCUUCAAUUAACUAAGCUCAUCUUUCUGUGUCCCACCCCACCGUGCCUUUCUGUCAUCUGCUCAGGUUGCACCAUAAUGUAAUGUUCCUUCAAUGGUAGCGAAAUUGAUUUCAGCAGCGUAAUUACCGUACAUUCCAAAGUUGGAUAACGGCAAAACAAAUAAAUACACUUGACACCGAAAUCAAAUUCUAGCCAACUGUGUAGCCAACUAGAUCAACUAUGAUCCAUUUUUCAUAUGAAUGUUGCAACUUUGUACGAGGCACCCUUAGGUUUAAGGUAAUAUGUUUCUAUAAAAAGUGUUCUUUGGGUUGUCAGGUUACAAGAAAAACACAGAAGGAGUCGUUAGCCAGUCUAAGCAUUAAACCAGCUAGCACCCUUAUUUCAAAAGAGUUGGAUUUUUUUUUUUUUUUUUGUUGAAUAAACUGCAAAUAAUUCUAAUAGAUCUGAUCAAUGAGUUGAAAUUGAAAAUGUGAACACAUUUUUGCUUGUUUUUCUUUUGGUUUAAACAUGCACUCAGUUUCAAAAAGUACGAAUGGAGAAAAUCAAAUAAAAAAUCAGAUAAAAAAGGCUGAUGGAACGUCUUAGUCAGGCUAAGAAAAAUGUCAGGAAAGUAAGAAAUAAAGUGAGCGUGUCAAAAAGGAAAUGUUUUCUGGGGGAGGGGUUCACUACUCUGAGAGACCAGGGAACAAAUAGUUCAACAGGUUAAGAAUAACAUUUGUUCAUGUCUGAAAAUGUCAAAGAAUCUGGUCAAAUCUAUGAAAAUGGGGCACUUCAGAAACCAACAUUGCUUGGCAAUGAUCUUCAGGUCUUCAGAUGUGCUUAAAAAAAAUGUGUGAAACCCACUAACACUCUCAGGGAAGACGCCCGCUUCUUCUGGUGAGAUGAUGCCGGUCCUUAUUCUGCAUGUGUAAGAAUGGUAUAAAAGAGUCUAGAGCAUUUUAAAAUACCACCUGAACAAAGAAAUGUAUGAACAAAUAAAU